UGCGAUCCGUCACUUGUGUCAAAAAAAGUAUCAAAAAUGGCGGCGGACGGUGACGAAGUGAUCAGUGAUCAAGAAAAAGUUAGAAUCGUUUCAGAUUUCAUCCUCCAUUCGCCACCGGGUGAAUUUAACGAAGUUUUCAAUGAUGUGAGGGUGCUUCUAAACAAUGACAGUUUACUGAAGGAGGGGGCGAGCGGCGCGUUCUCGCAAUACAACAAGGACCAGCUCACGCCCGUGCGAUUAGAGGGCUCGGAGCUGCACACGCUCAUCACGGACCACAAUGAUCUCGGCGGCGGCAGGUUCUUCGACCCGCGCUCCAAGCGCUCCUUCAAGUACGACCACCUCCGCAAGGAGGCGUCGGAGUACGAGCCGUACGAGGGCGACCGCGCGGCCGAGCCGUGGCGCGCGGCGCUGGACGAGGAGCUCACGGCCUACGUGGCGGCGCACUAUAAGCACGGCGCCAGCCUGGUGGUGGCGCGCGCGCAGGACGCCGGCGUGUCGCUCGUGGCGUGCAUCGAGGACCACCAGUUCCAGCCCAAGAACUACUGGAACGGGCGGUGGCGCUCCGUGUGGUCGCUGACGGUGGGCGGCGGCGCGGCCGAGCUGCGCGGCGUGCUGCGCGUGCAGGUGCACUACUACGAGGACGGCAACGUGCAGCUCGUGAGCAGCAAGGAGGUGCGCGCGGCGCUGGCCCCGGGCGGCGAGGCGGCCACGGCCAAAGAGUUCGUGCGCCUGGUCUGUGACGCGGAGAACGCCUACCAGACCGCCAUCUCCGACAACUACAAGACCAUGAGCGACACCACUUUCAAGGCGCUCCGUCGCCAGCUGCCUGUCACGCGCAGCAAGAUCGACUGGGCGCGCCUGGUGUCCUACACCAUUGGCAAGGAACUGAAGAGCCAAUGAUGUCCCGCCGCUGCGCUCUGAGCCGCAGCGGCCGCUCCAUGCCUCUGUACAUAUUCGCGUAAGACUAGAGCCGCUAUCACAGUACAGCGUUUGUCUGCUGCAUGCUGAAUGCUGUAAAUUGUAUGCAGCUGCGUCGAGCAGCUCCCGGGCUGCGCUUGUUGUGUAACUGAAGCAGAUGUUGUAGUGUGAGUGAGGCCUAAUUCUUGUUCAAAUGUUUAUGCGUGCCGGGAGAGCCCAGUGACCCUCCUGGCACAUAUUUAUCUAUGAAUAUAUAGAGAAAUUACUAUGGUAACUGUUAAAUUUAAAUUUUAUUGCAUUUUGUUACUCAAGUUCUUGAAAUGCUGUUGAGGAGCAAGUUGUCAAUUGUUUGGCUGAGAUUGCAUAUUAGUUCUUAUAACAAUUGACUUACGAUAGCAUUUUUGUUUGUGUCCACCUUGAAAAUAGCAUUGUGAUUAUGAUUAUGAAUAAAUGUAUAGCAUUCAGACCUACUUAGAAUGUUCUGAACACUAGGUCUGAUGUAACAAUUUCAAUUUACAUAAAAUCUAGCUUUCCUCCUAACAUUAUGUGGUCAGUUGUGUAAGCAAUAUUCUAGCUGCAUGAUAAUAUAACAAUAAGGAUACAGUUGUGUUUUGCUUUAUUCAGAUUAAUUUGUGGCAUAAAUUGUCCCCUAUUUUAUGAAUCAGUUUUAAUGAAGUGUAAAUUGGUGUGCAGUACAUUCAUUUUUGUUAUCAGUAUUAACAAACAAUAUUGCUUGCAUGACAGGAGGCACUUGGCUGGAGUGGCAGACGAAGGAACACUAUACAAUGGUGCAUUUAAUUGUAGUUUAUUUAACUUUGUCCACAUAGUUUGUUGUCUGAGAGGGCCUCGGGAGUCUCGGGACACAACACUGUUGUUGUGAUAAGCAAAGCAGUGGUGUGUUGCUCAAAUGAGAGAUGUGAAUAGAAAAGUAAUUAUGAGAGGAAUAUAACUAAUUGUCCAUACAGUAUAAUAUGGCUUUGAGUGCAAAAGGAAGUGUAACUUGUAUUUUUUUUAUAUAACAAUAAUUAUGAUGCCAAUAAGGAUUAAUUUGUAAUUAUUAUAAUUAUUUUAAUAAAGAACGUACAUUAAAACAUCCAAGUAUUCUGUAAUGUAUGAAUAAAUUCAUUUGAAUAAAAAUAUAUAUUAAAAUGUUGCUAACUA